UGUUGUCUUAAGCUACUAGGUUUUGUUUUCUUUAACUGUGUUUUUUGUCUUAUGAUUUUGUGCUCAUAUAUAUCUACAUUUAUAUAUAGGUAUGCUUUUAAAUAACAAACAAGAAACAAUUUCAUAAAACUAUGUAUCUAGGCCACUCUUCAUUAUUUCCUAUGUUGUUUAUGAUAUGUCGUAGAGUUUAUGAUACUUUUCACCUUUCACUACAAAAAGGCGGGAUUUACCGACGGAAUUCGUCUACAGAUUUUUCACAAUCUCUCUGUUGAUAAAUACUGACGGCAUCAUCCCAUAUUUACGACACAAAUUUUAGUGUCCGAUAUCGGCGAAGGGCAUUCCUAACGGCCGAUGUUCGCUGCUAAUCUGUCGGUAACACUGGUUACUGUUCCAUUGGUAAAAGCCGUCUUUUUCUGUAGUGUUUAGUGUUUCCCACUUUCUGAAAUAUAACAAGUUGAAGAGAUUGAUUAGGUAAAAGCACAGCCAGCACAGAGGAGAAAGCAGCCAUGCCAAGCAUUGCAGAGAGAUGGAAGGUUCUAAGCGGUCAAAAGAAAUGGGAGGGUCUGCUAGACCCUCUAGACCUCGAUCUCCGUCGCUACAUAAUCCACUACGGCGAGAUGGCUCAGGCAACGUACGACACGUUCAACUCCGAGCAGGCCUCGAAGUACGCAGGGAGCAGCCGAUAUGCAAAGGACACCAUCUUCACCAGGGUCGGGCUGGACAAGGGGAAUCCGUUCAAGUACCGCGUCACCAAGUAUUUCUACGCGACCUCGUCCACCAAGCUGCCCGACGCCUUCAUCCUAAAGUCGUGGUCCAGAGAGGCGUGGAGCAAGGAGUCCAACUGGAUCGGGUUUGCAGCCGUGGCCACGGAUGAAGGGAAGGCCGCGUUAGGCCGGAGGGACAUCGUGAUCGCGUGGAGAGGCACUGUCAUGACUCUCGAAUGGAGUAAUGACUUUGAGUUCGAGCUCGUUUCUGCACCGGAUAUUUUCGGAGCGAAGAGUGAUGUUAAGGUGCAUCUUGGUUGGCAUUCACUCUACACCUCUGAUGAUCCAAGAUCACCUUUCAAUAAAGCCAGUGCUCGAAACCAGGUUCUGACUGAGGUGAGGAGACUCGUAGAGCAAUACAAGAACGAGGAGAUCAGCUUAACGAUAACCGGACACAGUUUAGGUGCCGCGGUUGGUACCUUGAGCGCAGUCGACAUUGUGGCGAAUGGAUACAACAAGCCUAAGGGCAUGCCCAACAAGGUGUGCCCUGUUACUCUGUUCGCCUUUGCCAGCCCUCGCGUAGGAGACGACAAGUUCAAGAAAUUUUUCUCGACCUUGCAGAAUCUCUACGUCCUGCGCAUGAGGAACGCAACGGAUGUCGUCCUGACCUACCCGAUGAUAGGGUACUCAGAGGUCGGGGAGGAACUGAGGAUUGACACUAGUAAGUCUAACUACCUGAAGAAACCCGGGACUGUGAAGACUAUUCACGCCUUGGAAUCGUACCUGCAUGGAGUUGCCGGGACGCACGGGAGUAAAGGGCCUUUCAAGCUCGAGGUCAAGAGAGACAUUUCUUUGGUUAAUAAGCAUCUGGAUUGCUUGAAAGAUGACUACUGUGUUCCUGAUGCAUGGUGGUGUGACAAACACAAAGGGAUGGUGCAGUUGGAAGAUGGUGCUUGGGAAUUGAGGGAUCAUGAGAAAGAUGAUUUCUGAGUGUGGUUAUUAUACAUACAAAUAAGACUUGAUUAUGUUUGGAGGGUUAAAUCCAAAAUAUUAGUAAUAAAACAAUGAGACAGAAUAAAAAUCAGAGAGAUAGAACCUUUAUCUAAGUGAAAAGGAUCAAGAAUAUGAUAAUCAGUAUAAACAAAUGUAUGUUUUCUUUCUAUUAUGAAGCUAAUCUUCUUGGAAUGUU